AUGAGACCGGUGUGUCCGUUCGUGAAAGCCGCUCGACCGUCGGAGCCAAUCAAGAAAGACAAAGACUCGUCGCCGUCGCCGUCGCCAUCGCCGUCGCCGUCGCCAUCGCCGUCGCCGGCCACGGUCUCCCCAAAAUGCCCCAUGGGCUACGACUCUCAGACCUUCAAGCUGGGCCCACUCAGCUGCAUGAUAUGCCACGCCCUCCUCUUCGACUCCGCUAACUGCGUCCCUUGCUCUCAUUCCUUCUGCAAAGUCUGUGUGUCGAGGUUUAAAGACUGCCCGCUGUGCGGAGCCGACAUAGAGAAGACGGAGGCGAAUCCAGAGCUGCAGGGAUUGGUGGAUCGGUUCAUUGAGGGGCACGCGAGGAUCACGAGGUCUCAUAAUGCGGAGGAGGAGAAGAGUGAGAGAGUGAUUUAUGAAGACGUGUCUUUGGAGAGAGGUGCUUUCUUGGUCCAGCAAGCCAUGAGGGCAUUCCGGUCCCAGAAUAUAGAGAGUGCGAAAUCGAGGCUGAGUCUCUGUGCACAAGACAUCAGGGGUCAGUUGGAGACCAUGGGGAAUACUUCGGAGUUGUAUUCUCAGCUGGGAGCCGUUCUAGGAAUGCUUGGCGACUGCUGUCGAGCAACAGGAGAGUCUAGUUCUGCAGUCACUUAUUUUGAAGAGAGCGUUGAAUUUCUUUCAAAAAUGCCAGGAAAUGAUCAGGAGGUAACUCAUACACUUUCUAUCUCUCUUAAUAAAAUUGGAGAUCUUAAAUACUAUGAUGGUGACCUGCAAGCUGCAAGAUCUUUCUACUUCAAGUCGUUGGAUGUUCGGCGUGAUGCGGUUAAACGAGAUCCGAAUGUUCCAUCUCAGAUUCUGGAUCUGGCUGUUUCUUUUGCGAAAGUUGCAGAUGCUGACAGAAGUCUUGGGAAUGAGGAUGUGGCAAUUAGUGAGUUUCAAGAAGGAAUCAAAUUGUUGGAAACUUUGACAUUAAAUUCUGCAGACACUGGUCUUGAGCAACGGCGGCUUUCAGUGUUGGAGUUCCUUAAGAACCAAGUUGUGGAGAAACAAAAGUGAUACAAUAUCUGACUAAAGGUCUCCACCAGUCGAGAACCAGAGGGAUAUAGUUCAAUAAAUUAGCUUUGCUUUAGUAAUAAGCUCAGUUGAUACUCGGAUAUCAUGGUCAAUCUGAGAACAUAUUCUGUUGUGAGGGAUGGAGAAUGAGGUACUGGGUGCCUGUGGCUCCCAUAUCUUUAAAGGAUUGAUGCUUCCUAAUCGUCACUCAGCAUCACUCAGUUGUAUAUAAAAGCAUCGUCCCCGAUAUUAAUAGCAAGGGAAUUUCCAUUUUCUGU